GAUGGCUUCAUUUUUUCUCGACCCUCCACAGAAUGCUGGGAUUCCCCGACCGUAGUCGUUGAAUUGCUGUCCGGCGAUCGCUAGGGUUCCUCCGCUGGACUCGAGUGCCCAACCAUGGCUCUCAAACUUCUCCUCUUCUUUGCUCUCUCCAUUCUCUUUGUCACUCGCCGCUCAAUCGCCGGACCGGACACUUUAGAGUCAGUUCCAGAUCUGCAGAGGAUCAUGUACCAGAAUAUCAAAAGUUACCCUUGCGUGAGGCUUCUGAAUCUUUAUGGGGAGAUUGGUUGUUCUAAUCCUGGUCUCCGAAAGGUAGUUGCACCCAUUGUAAGGCUCAAUCACAGCGAUGAGGACUUGUCUUAUCCAUCAGCUAUUUUACUUCCCUUAGAGAAGUUGGAAAGUUUGUUCCAACGGGUUUCUAAAGAUGUUGAUUUCGCCCAUAAAAUUGCUGGUGUUUUGGUUGAAUCAGAUGAGUACCCAAGCAAGUCAACAGGUUUCUCACCCGCUGAAAAAUUCCCACAAGCAGCUUUUGCACCAUACAAAAAUCAUAGUUAUGAAUGGAAUGCUGAUGGUUCUGGCAUCAUGUUAAAUCACUACAAUUUUCCUGUGUUUUUGCUAUCUCCUCAGGCCAAUUCUAUUGUCCAAGAGUUGGCUGAUAAGAAUGCUGAGGAGCCUGAUUUAUAUAAAGUACAUGUUGCUGAAUUUGACUUGGUCAUGCAGACAACUAAGGCACACACUCAGGAUUCAGAAUCUUGUUUGAAAGAACAGUCUUGUCUACCAUUAGGUGGUUUCAGUGUAUGGUCUUCUCUACCACCAAUAAACGUCUCUUCUAAGGAGCCUCCUAAACCUAUUAUAAUGGUGGUGGCAUCUCAAGACUCUGCAUCUCUUUUUCGUGACCUAAGUCUUGGUGCAGAAUCUUCUAUCUCAGGUCUUAUCGCCUUGCUGACUGCAGUUGAUGCUCUUUCUUAUGUCAAUGAUCUAACUGAGCUCAAGAAACAGCUUGUUUUCAUGGUUUUCACUGGGGAAGCAUGGGGAUAUCUUGGUAGCAGGAAAUUUCUACAAGAAUUAGACAUGGGAACAGCUGCUGUCAAUGGCCUCGACAGCACCAUGAUUGAUCAGGUAUUAGAGAUUGGAUCUGUGGGAAAAGGCUUGGAUCAAGGUACGAGUGCUGCAACCUUUUAUGCACAUGCAGGAGGGAAUUCUUCUGUCACAAAAGAUAUGCUGGAGGCCUUGCAAAGUGCUAGCGACUCACUUGGUACAGACAAUGUUAAGAUCAAAAUGGCAGAUGCAUCAAAUCCUGGCAUUCCACCAUCUUCACUGAUGGCAUUUCUGAGGAAGAACACAACCGCUGGAAUUGUCCUGGAAGACUUUGGCUCUUCUUUCUCAAACAAAUUUUAUCAUAGCCAUCUAGACAAUCCAUCAAAUAUAAAUGCAACCUCUAUUGCAGCUGCUGCUGCCUUGGUGGCACGUUCAUUGUAUAUCCUUGCAAGUGGUGACAUGCAAGUUAAGCUCAUGUCACUUAAUUCUAUAAAAGUGAAUGUCUCCUUGGUCGAAGAAUUAGUGGGAUGCCUACUCAGUUGUGAACCUGGCCUCUCAUGUGGCAUUGUGAAAAACUUUAUUUCUCCUAGUAACAAUUGCCCAAAUCAUUAUGUUGGUGUUUUCCUUGAUUCCCCCGAUACUCAAUACCCUGAAUAUGCUGAUGAUGUUUCUCGAUUUGUAUGGAAUUUUUUGGCCAAUAAAACUUCUCUAGUCAAGGACAGCACAAAUUCCUGCACCGGAAAGUGUGAUAGUGUCGAUGAAGUUUGUGUUGGAGCUGAAACUGAUGGGAAUGGAAGAUGUGUUGUAUCUACAACCAGGUAUGUGCCUGCUUACUCUACCCGACUCGAGCUGAAAUAUAAUGCUUGGCAUGUCAUUCAUGUGAAUUCAUCUGAUCCUAUGGGAUCUGUCGAUCCUGUAUGGACAGAAAGUUUUUGGAACACUAUCGGCCUGCGAGUUGACACGGUGCAGAGCUCAACAUAUGACUGGUUGAUCCUUACUGCUGGAGUAGGUAUUACUGUUGCCUCAUAUAUCGCCACGAUCAUGACCAAAGCUUUUCUUGCAAAGACAGUGAAAAAUGAUUGAUUUCUUAUAUUUUCUACAUCAUUUCCCCGGAUCAAAUAGAAGUCACUGGGGAAGCCCAAGUUAUUCCCUCAUCCUCGUCCCAAAAAAUUCGUGCCUUCUCUUUUGCCAACUUCUUUAUGUCAAAUUUAAAAGGGGAGAGUUGGUAGUUUGUAAAAGUGCAAUGCCUUGGUGAUCAUGACACUGAGAAGUUGCUCCUGACAUGUAUGUUCUAUAGCGACAAGUUCUUUUUAAUCUUCUUAGGAUUAUUUAUAAUUAUCUUACA